AUGGUGUUUUCAUUUGUAGGUGGAUAUUACAAUGAUAUAGUGACUCAGUGCCGCUUCAGCUCCAGCCUGAGUGAUGUUGAGUUCAUUCAGUCUUAUGUAUUUAACAAGGCUGAAGUCACACAGUUCAACAGCACUGUGGGGAAGUUUGUGGGAUACACUGAGUAUGGAGUGAAGAAUGCAGAGGAAUGGAACAAGAAUCCAACAUAUCUGGCACAGGAACGGGCUGCGAAGGACAUAUACUGCAAACUCGCUGCCCAGAAUGAAAUGAAUGUCGUACUGACAAAGAAAGUUGAGGUGAGACUGACUAUGGCGAAGGCCUCCACUGGUGGUCAUCCUGCUGGGCUGGUGUGCAGCGCGUACGACUUCUACCCAAAGAUGAUACGUGUGACCUGGCACAGAGAUGGCCAGGAAGUGCCUGGUAAUGUGAUAUCUAGUGAGGAGCUGGCAGAUGGAGACUGGUACUACCAGAUCCACUCCCACCUGGAGUUCACCCCCAAAGCUGGAGAGAAGAUCUCCUGUGUGGUGGAUCACGAAAGCUUCAGGGACCCUCUAGAGAUCAGCUGGGACCCCUCCAUGCCUGAGCCUGAGAGGAAUAAGAUUGCCAUUGGAGCUGCAGCACUGGUGCUGGGAUUAAUCGUCACUGCUGCUGGGUUCAUCUUCUACAAGACAAAGUCCAGAGGUCUGUAGUGUGCAUGACCAACAACCAACAUGCAUCCAGCAGUCAGGAUAGAAUAUGUUAACAUAUGACACUGCAUAAUGGAUGACCUUAGACACUCAUGACAUAUAGACAAUCUAAAGUUAAUUUGGUUAUU